UGGGGAGAGCUCAGUGUUACCGACCUGUCCACCGAGGAGAGACAGAGAACAAGAAGAGGGGCGGACAGAAGCAAAAGAAGAAGAGCUACCUGAGAAAAGAGCAAGACAAAAUAAGAAAGAAAAGGCACCACCAGGAAUUUGGGGAAUGAGUAAAUGAUUAAAGGAGAAUUCCAGUUGAGAGCUGGCAAAUAAAAGAAGACGAAGAAAGUGAUUCUUCAGAGAGAGAAUUUAAAGUAACCUUCUGAUCUGUCUGUGUGGAGGGACCGUCCGCAGCAUGUUCCUCCUUCUCUCCUUGUGUAUGUGUGGUCUCCUGCUGCGAGGUGACGCACAGGACCGAGCUGCUCUGUGGAGGGGGAACGACCGGAGUGGACGAUGUCAGUACACCUUCAGCGUACCCAGCCCUGUCGAGGCCAGCUGCCCGCAGAUGGGAGGCCCCGAGGUGGAGAACCUAAAGGCUAGACUCAGCCUCCUGGAGGUGCUGGUGGCCCGGCUCACUGGAGGGGACACUGUGGGUCCCCAAGGGGCCGGGGCCGCAGCCAGAGCUCAGUCUGGGCUUCAAGAGGCGCUGAACCGGGCCACGGGGGAGAGGAGCCUGCUGCAGGGGGAGAAAGAGCGUCUGGAGCAAGAGUUGGAGGGGCUUCAGCGCAGGAUGGAGGAGAUGAGGAGGGAGACGGAGAGGCUGAGGAACAGACCCUGUCCUCCACAAGCCCCCAUCGUGCCACCAAGCCCCCCUCUGCAGGACAGUGGCCUGACGGGACCUGCUGGGGGUUCUAUACCGAUGUCUCACCUGAUGACCAGGCCAAACCGGCAGGGAGACAGCAGCAGUCUGAGAGACUCAGAGUGGCAGCUUGGACCCGCAGGCUUCCAGGAGCUGAAGGCCGAGGUGACAGAGGUACCCGCUCCAGAUGGAUCUGAGGACAACACAGGUUGUGGGGAGUUGGUUUCAGUCGGUGAGCCGGUCACUCACAGGAAGGCCGAGAGCAUAGCGGGUAAAUAUGGGGUUUGGAUGCAGGACCCGGAGGCCGUCUCCCCUUAUGGGCCCAGCAUGGUCUGGCGCAUCGACACCAUAGGCUCUGACGUCAGGCAGCUGUUUGGGUACGACGACAUGGAACAACUCUCUAAAGGUUUUCCAUCCAAGGUCCUGCUGUUGCCAGAGCUGGUGGAGAGCACCGGAGCCACUCUGUACCGAGGCUCUCUGUAUUACCAGAGACGUCGGAGCCGCUCCCUCAUCCGCUUCGACCUGGCCUCUGAGAGCAUCGCAGCCCGUCGGGACCUCCCCCACGCCGGCUUCCACGGCCAGUUCCCUUACUCCUGGGGCGGCUACACGGACAUCGACGUGUCUGUGGACGAGCAGGGGCUGUGGGCCGUCUACUCCACCAGCAAGGCCAAAGGAGCCAUUGUGAUCUCGCAGCUGGACCCCAACAGUCUGGAGGUGAAGAGGAGCUGGGAGACCAACAUCAGGAAGAACUCCGUGGCCAACUCCUUCAUCAUCUGCGGCAAGCUGUACACCGUGGCCAGCUACACGGCACCCGACACCAUCAUCAACUACAUGUAUGACACUAAAACCAGCCAGGGGAAGUCCGUGGCCAUCCCCUUUAGGAACAAGUACCGCUACAACAGCAUGAUCGACUAUAAUGUGGCUCAGAGGAAGCUGUUUGCCUGGGACAACUACCACAUGGUGUCCUAUGACCUAAGGCUGGCUCGCCAGCCGGCCAUCUAAAGCCGCCCGUGAGUGACUGGUGAAAAGUGACAUUUGCUCACCUGUUCCUGCUUCACAGACUCAGAGCUUUAGAGCAGGGAUCUUCAAUGUUUUUUUUUCCAGGCCAAGGACCCCUUAACUGAAAGAGAGACGGAGCAGGGGACCCCCCCUCUACAUAUAGGCCUAUUGUAUCAAAUUAAGCUGGGCCUAACGUGUGAGCAGCCUAAAGCCUUACACAUACCUUUUUAGAGCAUAGAAUACUACACUUUUAAAAUGACUGUUGGCAUUAUUUAAAAAAAAAAAAAUCCUUAAUCCUUAAUCCUUAUCCUGAAUCCUGAAUCCUUAGGAUUAACUAUCUGUGGAAGGCUACCUUGGUGACUUAGUUCCCUAAGUGCCACACUAGAAAAUGAGAAUCACAUCAAGGGCCAGACAGAGAAAAAAGGUUGAAAAGUGACAAAAAGUAGGUGGGCCAAAAUGUAUUGCGAACCUAAAUUUAGAUAGGGGCCGGAUCAAAAUUAGCAAGGGGCUGGAUUUUGGCCCGCGGGCCUCGAGUUUGACACGUGUGCCCAAAGGGUUCCAGACCCCCUGUUGAAGAUCCCUGCUUUAGAGCAUAAUGUGUGCUAGUAGUUAUAAAGCCAACACCUUCAGUAGCAACGUGCUAAAGAGCCUAACUGCCAAAGCGACAUGAAGACAGUGUCCCCCGCAGGUGUGCGGUUUUUUUCCUUCAGUGGGUGGGCUUUUGCUGUGGCAGGGCCCACAAAAAUGUUUUUAGAGGAAUUAUUUUUGUACCGCCUUUAAUUCAGAUGUAUAAUUUUUGUUUCCUUGAUAAGCUAUAUAGUACAUAUUUGAGGACUGAAAGAUGAAGCAUAGUUGUAUUUUACAAGCUAAGUGGGAUCAUUAACGCAUACAAUUAACAACACAACACCCCCCCCAAUAGUACUAUACGCCCUACAGGGUUUCACCAGUCAUCUUUUAUUGAAUAAACUGCUCUCUCACUCAGCAUGUAUGGAUUAUUGCAUGUACUUCUACACUGUAGUCAACAUGAUGACCUACUGUUCUAAAUCGUGAAAUAAACUUCUUCCUAAAUUACAA